CCGGGGGAGGCCGCGGGGGGGCUCCUGUGUCGGAAAGGGAGUUCUGGUUCCCCCUCAGGGCUGUCUGACCGGGCCGGAGACAGGAAAGCUGUGAGGUGCCAGCCGGCACGGGCCUCAGCGGAGGCCGUUGUGUUCUUGUGUUGGAAAAAGUAAUUUAAAAUAACCCUGUAUUUGUUAUUUCUCUAUUAUUUAGUACAGGAAUAUCUAGGUUGUGUUCCCAGUUAAUGUUUUACAGAAGUCAUUCCCUAUCUUUAAUCACUAUUUUUUUUGUCUGUAUAAUGUCUGGAAUGGGGAGACCAAAGCUGCAGGUUGUUGUCUUCACAUUGGUUGGCUGGUUGGUGUAAAAUAAUUCGUACAAAGCAUGAACAGCUGAAUUGGUGAAUUGCAAAAAUGCCACUGAGGAAUGAGAUGCAGUUCGAAAAGCUAGUUGAUGAAGCUACAGUAAAAAAGGAUUUCCGAUCUUUGGAACAAUUUCUGGCCACAGAAGAAUGUGAAAAUGUCUCUCAUAAAUGCAGUAAACAGUUUGUCAACAAACUGGACAAGCUUCUGUGUUGGGCACUUGACAAACAAGAAGUCAAAAUCAUUUCUACUUUACUAAAUGCUGUUCAGAAAUGUGGGGAAAAAAUCAUCAUAGCAGGAGAAGAUGGGCUCCCAGCAAUGAUAAAACACGGUCUUGUUGGAAGGAUGGUCAAUUGGUUCGAAAAGUUAAAAGGAAUUUUGGUCCUCAGAGGAAAUGAAGAUAAUGAAAUGCUUACAAAUCUGGCUGAAGAUUUCUUCAUCAUGUUGCUGGUUGUGUGUGAUAGCAGACCUGAAGGUAAAAUGCAAAUACUAGAGAACUUUGUUCUGAGAACAUGUUCCCUCAUCACUGAUACAAGAAUUAAUAUUUAUGUUCAGCAGGAGGUAAUAAAAAAACUGAAUGCGUUGCUUGACAAGAUGCCUCGAGAUGCCAGGAAAAAGAUGCUUUCUACAAAGGAGAUGUUACUUGUCAUGGGUGAAAUGGGGAGGACGAUUCUGGAUGCUGGAGACUAUGACAUGCAAGCGGCCAUCACAGAAGCUCUGUGCAGAAUGGUGUCAGAGAAGCAAAGGGGACUUCUGGCCUCCCAGUGGUUUCCCAUGGAGUUUGUGUCCACUGCAUUUAAAGGAAUUAAAGAUUCGGAGUUUGAGACAGACUGCAGAAAAUUUCUUAACCAAGUGAAUGGCAUGCUUGGAGACAAAAGAAGGGUGUUUACAUUCCCAUGUUUAUCAGCAGUUCUUGAUAAGUAUGAGCUCCAGAUACCAUUGGAUGAAAACCUGGAAGAGUUUUGGAUUGAUUUCAACAUUGGCAGCAAAAGUAUUUCCUUCUAUGUGGCAGCAGAUGAUGCAGAUCUUCAGUGGGAAACAGUUAUUAUACGAGAUGAUGAUGUCAGCAUGUACAGCCUGGAAGAAAAAGAUUCAAAGAAAUUAUUAACAAUUGAUCUAAAACGGCCAAUGAUUGUGGGCACUAUUGAAGGAGGGAAAGUUCUUUUAUAUUUUGAUUCUAUCUUGGAAAUCAAAGAUGUGACCAUAAAGAUUUAUGGAUUUCAUAAAUGUAAGGAUUUCAGCAAGAAGCAGUCUGCAUCAGUAGCCAAAACAACUGUCCACGUUGUCUUUGAUGAAAGUGGAUCACAGGUUCUGCGACCAGAAAGUCUGUUGUCACCAGGUUUGAAAGGAAAAUCUGGAGAAGAGGAGAAGCUCAGUAAAUACAAAACUCAGCAACCUCCUGGUAGUUUGAGGACUCAGAGUAAAAACAACAGCCAAGAAAAACUCAGAGGUGAUUCCUCCAAGGUAACUCCAUCCCGUAAAAGGAAAGUGUCUGAAGCAAGUGUGCUUAUUCCUAGAACUACAAGUGUGUCCACAAGGAGUCCACUGUCUUUUGUCAGCACAUCCACUCCUUUUAAAGGGAGAUAUAAAUUGCCUUUGGAAAUGACCAGUUCUACUAAGACAUCUGACAAUGAUGCAAUAAAUGAUAGCAGAACAAAGAAUUUCCAUCAGGAACCUCCUGGAAGUGGGCAGAGAUGCACAGUAGACAAUGAAUUUUGUGAAACAGACCAGAUCAGGAAAUCAGAUACCAGGCAAAAAUACAUGCAAAUGCAUUCUGAAGAAGUCUCAAAAAUUGUACAAGAGGCCACAGAAAAGCAAACUUUGGAUGAAGUGUUAGAUAUUGUUCCUGAUUCUCAGCCAGUUGGGAGAAGCAACAAACCUUUGCUGCCUGGUCUUUUGGAGACUUCUUUUGAUAAAACUGAAACAUGGAAAAAAAGAACAUUCCCUCUUCCUGAGCAGAAUAUAACAACUGAGGACAAGCAAAAGCCAAAUUCAUCACUGGCACAUGCAUCCCAUCCAGCCAGAGUGUCUGACACAUCUUUGCAUUCUGAUCUUGCACAAGAGGACCCUGAUGUUCUCCUCAGAAAAGAGACUGCAAAUCCAAAACAGUCAAAGACAAAACCAAAGUCUAAAGAAAUGGCAGAUACAGCCAAAUCACUGAUCAGUAAAAUCAGUGACAGAUACAGAGACAAGAGCAAUGAGAAGAGCAAAGCAAGAGAUUCCCUGUGCUUUAACAGGACACAUUUAAAUAAAUCCUGGAUCUCCAAGGAAGAAGUUCAGGACAGGACCACAAAAACUGCUUCUUUCCUCAAUAUAACUACUAGUCAUGUUCUGGAUGAUGCCUACAACUUUAACAUCAGCGGGUUUGAUGGGCCUACAAUCAAGCUUGGCGUAAGACAUUUGCAUGUGACUGAACUGAGUGUUCAUACAGAGAUAAACAAAAAAGGGAACACAACCAUCAGUAAAUCCAGCGCAGAAGGGAAGGGAGGAAAAAAGACUAGAAACAAUCGAGACAAGAAGCAUCUCUUUAGUGAUUCAGACACAGAAAACAGAGGGGAUGACAACAAGACAGAGAUUAGCUGGCUGGAGGAAUCCAAGAGGAAACCUAAAGCCCGGAUAAUUGACUACAGUAGAAGUAAAAAAUCAGGGAAACAAAUGAGCACAAACAAAACAGCAGAUAAAUCCUCUAAACCUGCUUGCCACAUGGAUAAAGCUAAAGACAAAAAUACAAAUAAGAAAAAGAUGAACAAAUAUAAACCCCAGAAUUCAAAAACAGAUGAAAAGAUAGUAAAAUCCACCAGAAUAAAACUCCCUCGAAGAGCAGCAGCAACAAAAAAUUACAAAGAGCCUUCUAGUUCUGAGUCUGAGAGUGAAGAAAACAUUCCAGCAUGCACCUUUAAGGAGGAGAAAUCCAAAAUACAGAAACAUAUGAAUGGGGCAGACAAGGAUUACAAGCUGCCAAAGGUACUGCAGAUUGUACCUGUGGAGCCAAAGAGAGUGGAUAGCUAUGUGCAGAAAGCACUGGUCAAAUCCAGGAAUUCUGCAGAGCAGAAAGAAGUGGAAAUGCCUUCAGUUGAGAGCCCUGCCUCCAUUGAGACAAUAAGAUGUGCUGAGAGAGUGUCAGAAGAUGUCAGUCCAGAGCACGGCUCCAUUGAGAGGUUGCUUAGUCUGCAGGACUCAAUACCAGAAGACAGGGAAAUGCUAAACUCUGAGAAAGGAAGCUCUCCCAAUAAUUUCUGUCCACAAAACAAGAGUAUGGAAAGUCUGGAUGUAAUUCAGUCCCCUGAGAGAGGAGUUACAAAGUUGACACUUGGAAGGAAAAGCUUCUCACCAGUUUUAACUGAAGAAUCUUUGCUCAGCUUAACCACGUUUAAAACUGUCAGUGGCAAAAAUUCCAAGGGAACUGCUGAAGAAACCUGUAAGAAUGAUGAAGAUUCAAGUUUCCAAUGUUGCUUUUCAGACACAUUUUCUGUUAAAGGAAAGCUUCAGGAUAUCACUAAACCUAUCCCCAAAAAUAAGGAAGAGCUCAGCUUAACAAGGUAUAAAGCUGACAGUGGAAAACGUGCAAAGGAAGCUGUGCUGGAAACAGAGAAUAACAAUGAGGAUUCAAGUCUCCAGUCUUGCUCUUCAGACACACUUUGUGCUAAAGGCAAACUCCAGGAUCCCACCAAACCUCUCACCAAAAGUAAAGAGGAUUGUGUAACACCAUUGUGUGCUUCCAGCAGGAGUAGAGUACAGCCUUGGACUAAAGAACCUUAUUCUCUCAUGGAUGAGUCAGGACCAAGCGUACAGACAUUCUUCAAACGAACUUAUCACAGUUCCACAGAAAGCAGCUCUGAUGAGGCAGAAACAAGGAAAGAGGAGAAAAAGAAAGGAAGGAGAAGAAAAAGUUUGCAGCCCAAAAAAUUAUUUAAAACAGAUGAUGAUGCUGCUUACAGAGUGUCUGAAAGUAUCUCCACUCAAUCUGUAAAUGACCUGUCUGGUUUGGAUGGGGAAUUCUGGGGGCCUGAUUGCUCAACCAUCAGCAUUUGUCAACAGCUCCAGAAAGAAUUUACCAAGAAAAUUGAGAACCGCUCCCGGAAAAUGGAUAAUUUUAAUAAGCAAACACUGAAAGCUGCCCAUGAGCAUUUGGCAACAGUGAGUUACCAACUCCAUGAAUGCAGGAUCAGGCAGUUGGACAAAUUUCAUUUUACUCUCACUGAGGAACUUGAGAAGUUUGAAAAGGACUCUCAGUCCCUGAAGAUCAUGGAAAAAGAAUUCUCGACCUUUUGGAAAAAGCAUUCCCACACUUUUAGUACGUACAUGAAGAAUGAGCAGCAGAGAAUUCAGAUUCUGAAAACUUCCUUUGAAAAGAAUAUCUACCAUUCUGUUGAGUAUGAAGAAGAUGUUUUUACUUCAGAGAUGCAUCUGAUGAAAGAAGACAUAAAAGGACUCCAAGAGAAAUUUUUAAAAGAAAUGCAAGAAGAGGAGCUGUGUAACGUUCGCAGGGGAUUGCAGACCUUGUUUCAAUCAAAGGCAGAAUUCUGAAGUGGUUUUUCAGAUUCCUUCCUGAAAUUCAAGUGGAAGUGUGCAUCCCUGCUGAACAGGACAUACUGUACGUGGAUUAUAGACAAGUUUAGUUUGUAGUUAACCGUGGCUCAUCUGCUCUGCUCAAGCUGAAAAUGCUGCUUCUGCUGAAGGAACUUUGCUCUCCUUUCUGUUGAGACUUUUUGUAUAUUGCACUUGGACUAUCAUUAUAUUGUUGUUAAGAAUUAAUCCUAUAUUAUUAAUAAUAUAAUGAUAGAUAUAUGUAUGUUAAAAGGCUAGUUAUGAUGUUAUAUAUUUCUGUAAAAAGCCAACAAGUUAAAAUAUUACAAUAAAGAGGGAAAAGCACAUCUUGGGAUCAAGUGAUGGGGUCACUCAAGUCUUCAGCUGAUAGUCAAGGCAAGCAUGAAAAUGUUGACACAGCCUCUCCCAGGAGUCCUUAUUUCCUUCUCCCAUUGCACUGCUACAGACUUUGUGUUGCACCUUGUGUCCUUACCUUCCAUUCCUCCCUGACAGUUCCUCCAGGAGCAGCUCCAGUUCCUGUGCUUCCAUCCCCAGCUGGGACAGAACUGACACUGUGUGGGGGCUCUUCCCACCUCCCAGCAACUCAGUCCAUACAAGCACUUUGACAGACUGCAUUUUAUUAUUUUCACACUUCAUGGAGAUCAUCUCAAUGAAGCAACAGGACCAAGAAUGCCUUUUUCAGGUUUUUAACAUUGAAUGACUCCCUAGAAUGGCCACACUUCAUUCUUGCAGAGAAAUGUUUGUCUUGUGAGUAGAUUCACCAUUUUGUUCUGUCUCAUCAGGUGUGGUUUCCAGCUAUCAAUGUGUUACUUUUCUCACAAGUAUUUUUUUUUAGUAGUAUCAAGUAAAUCCUCAGGUGCUUCUCCAUGUCAGGCAUUAUUAAAAUGCCUGGCUUUACAUUUUUCUCAACCUGUUCUAUUUGCUUUGUUAUUAGUAUUUAGUAACUUUUUUCUUCUUACAGUCAAGAAAGCAUUAAAAACAUUUGUUUGUUAAACAUCAAAAUACAUUGGUACAUUUUUGCC